AUGAUCAGCGAAGCCAACGUCUCCAACCCCCUCGCCUUGUAUACUGAUUGGCUUGGCCUCCACUCGCCGACGACCAACUCUUCCAUUCUACAUGGCCUCGUCACCUACACUCAAAUAUACGGGCUCACCUUUGCCUUGAUUACUGCUUACGGCCUGUAUUCUGCCUGGCGCCGGCAGGCGAUCAAGUGCCUUGUUCCCCUUCCUGGCCCCGAGCCGAAGUCGUUCAUGCUCGGAAACGCCGAGGACCUCUAUUCAGGCCCUAACGGUCUUCACUACCACCACGAACUCUCCAAAACAUAUGGCAAGGCCUUCAAAGUCAACAUGAUUGCUGGGGAGGAGCAAAUUUACCUCUCCGACACCCGUGCGCUGCACCACGUCCUUGUCCGCGACACCCACGUCUUCGAUGAGACACCUGCUAUGAUGUCCGAAUUUUACUACUGUUUCGGCCCGGGCCUCAUCUCGGUACACGGGAAUACACACAAAAAGCAGCGCAAGAUGAUCAACCCUCUCUUCGGUGUGUCUCACAUGCGCGAGCUCACCCCCACCUUCUGGAAAAUUGCCUACCAAGUGCGGGACGUCUUCCAAGCCAAGAUACUCGAAGCGCAGCCCACUUUACCUUCCGACGCAGAGAUGGCCUCUCAGAAAAUGUCGACAAUCCUCGACCUCUGGAAAUGGUCCUCUCGUUCGGCCCUCGAGGGCGUUGGAGUCGGUGCGCUCGGCUAUUCAUUCGAUGCACUGGACGACUCGACAGAGGACAACGACUACAUGGUCGCUGCACGUGAGCUCCCCUACACUGUCUACCCGCUCCGCAAAUUCAUGCCAAUCUGCGUCUGGUGUAUGAAGAACCUGCCUGUCUGGCUCCAACGCUUUCUCGCGCGCAUCACCCCUGUUCCGCGCGUGCAGAAGGUUCGCAAGAUCGUUGAGACCCUCCAGAGAAACAGCGAGGCGCUCUACGAAAAGAAAAGGCAGGCUCUGCUCAAGGGUGACGCUGAGGAGGAGGCACAGGUGGGCUCGGGAAAGGACGUCAUGAGCAUCCUGAUGCGUGCCAACUUAUCAGCUAUUGCCAAUGAGAAGGAUUAUCUGCCCGAUGAAGAGGUGAUGGGUCAGAUGAACACGCUCAUCUCGGCCGCACACGAUACGACCGCUUCUGCCAUCGCUCGCAUGUUACACUCCCUUGCGCAAGACCUCCCACGUCAGCGUCGUCUCCGCGAAGAGUUAAACAAGGCCCGUGCCGACAGCCACGACGAGCUUGAUUACCACACCGUCACCACCCUUCCCUUCCUUGACGCAUGCUAUCGUGAAACCCUCCGUCUCUACGCCCCCGCUUCCUUCCAGCAUCGCACUGCCACAGAGGAGAUCAUUAUCCCCCUCGGCGAGCCCGUCACGCUCAACAACGGCGAGGUCAUCCGAGAAUUGCCCGUUAACAAGAACCAGACCAUCGUCGUCGGCAUUGAGGCUGUUAACCGCGACCCAGAUAUCUGGGGCCCCGACGCUGACAAGUGGACCCCCGAGCGCUGGGUCGACGGUCUCCCACAAUCGGUCAACGACGCUUCUGUACCCGGUGCCUUCUCUCACACACUUUCGUUCCUCGGUGGCAACCGCUCCUGCAUUGGCAUGAAAUUCGCCGAAAUUGAGCUCAAGACGAUCCUUUUCGCUAUCAUCGAGAACUUUAAGCUCGCCCCCGCGCCAGGGCAAGAGGAAAUUAAGUGGCGCCUCUCCCUUGUACAGACUCCCGCCCUGCCCGGGCGAGAGCACAUUGACGAGCCCCAGCUCCCGCUCAAGGUCACGAUGAUGAAGUACACCAAACCCACCUAA